AUGUUGCGUGUGGUAAGCUGGAACAUCAAUGGCAUCCGGAGGCCCCUGAAAAGUCUCGAAUACCAGGUACCCGGCAACUGUGCCACGGCCUUGCAACACAUUUUGAAAGAGCUGGAUGCUGAUAUUGUCUGUCUCCAGGAGACCAAAGUGACCAGAGAUGUGCUGACAGAGCCCCUGGCUAUUGUUGAGGGCUAUAACUCCUAUUUCAGCUUCAGCCGCAGCCGGAGCGGCUAUUCUGGUGUAGCCACUUUCUGUAGGGACAGUGCCACCCCAGUGGCUGCUGAAGAAGGCUUGACGGGUCAGUUUGCCACCCUGAACAGGGAUGUCGGUUGCUAUGGAAACAUGACCGAGUUCACCCAAGAGCAGCUCCGGGCUCUGGAUAGUGAGGGUCGGGCUCUCCUUACACAGCACAAGAUCUGCACGUGGGAAGGGAAAGAGACGCCUUUGACCCUCAUCAAUGUGUACUGCCCGCAUGCGGAUCCUGGGAAGCCUGAGCGGCUGGCCUUUAAGAUGCAUUUCUAUCGCCUGCUGCAGAUCCGGGCAGAAGCACUCCUGGCAGCAGGCAGUCAUGUGAUAAUCCUGGGGGACCUGAAUACAGCCCACCGUCCCAUUGACCACUGUGAUGCUGGUAGUCUGGAGUGCUUUGAAGAAGACCUGGGACGCAAGUGGAUGGAUGGACUGCUCAGUAACCUGGAGUACCAGGCUGGAUCCCGUGUUGGGCCUUUCAUGGAUAGCUAUCGCUAUUUCUAUCCAAAACAGGAGAAGGCCUUCACCUGCUGGUCAGUGAUCAGUGGUGCCCGCAGCCUCAACUAUGGUGCCCGAAUUGACUACAUACUAGGAGAUAGGGCUCUCAUUAUAGACAGUCUCCAAGCUGCCUAUCUGCUCCCUGAGGUGAUGGGCUCUGACCACUGCCCUGUGGGAGCUGCCUUGAAUGUGUCCUGUAUGCCAGCCAAACAAUGCCCUGCUCUGUGUACUCGUUUUCUCCCUGAAUUUUCAGGGACCCAGCUCAAGAUUCUUGGCUUCCUAGCCCAUCGUGAACAAGAACCCAUGAGGGAGCAGUUACUCCUGCAGCUCAGCAGUCCAGUCCAGGCACAGAAACAACGAAAAGCCCAAGCCUACGGGCAAGCAUCCAGGCCUCGAAAGAGUGGAUCCAGAAGACACCAGAGAAACCUGAUGAGUUACUUUCAGCCUUCUGCUGGCCUUCCUCAAACCUCUCCUGAGAAACUACCCAGACUGCCUCUGGUGGACACUCCUGUAACCCCAAAGACUCUGAAAGAGGGUGUGAUAGCCACAACAUUGGAUGAGAAGGCCAAGGCUUCUGAAGUCAAAGAUGAGAAGGAGAUACGGACCUUGUUCUGGAAGUCUGUGCUGACGGGGCCCUCACCCAUGCCCCUCUGCAGAGCCCACAAGGAGCCAUGUGUGAUGCGUACUGUGAAAAAACAAGGUCCCAACCAGGGCCGCCAUUUCUACAUGUGUUCCAGGCCACAAGGUCCUCCUGAUGACCCCUCGUCAAGAUGCAACUUCUUCCUUUGGAGCAGGCCCAGCUGA